ACACCGCUCAUAUCAGUUAAGAACUCUAAUGCGAAAUAAUUCUAGAACAUAAAACAUUCCUAAGGCCGUUUCCCUUUCAUUCGCACAUAUGCGUUGACAUGUUGUUUGGUAAUAUUGCGUAGAAAUAUGCGUUGCGUACGAGCGAGCGAGACCCACGCUUGUGUGCGUGUGUUUGCGUCCCAAAGGUCGAGGGAUGCUUACUAUGUUUACGAUAUGCGGUUUACGAUGCGACCAUGACUCAUGCGACGCUUAUGCGUUUGGGCUCAUUGGAUAAUGUUGUCACCGAUGACCAUUGUCGCUUAAUGUGCGCGAGUAUGUGUGUGUGUGAUUGCGGCAUUGCAUGGAAUGCAGUGUGCCAACAAUAAAUAAAAACAAAUAAUAAGUGACUUAUCAAGCGGAAACCGUGCCUUUCUCACGUAGCCAAAGGAUCGCGUAAUAUUAUGGAUUGGCUCGCUUGAUGUCCAGUUUCGAAUGGAUGUGUCCAUCACGCAAAAAUGAUGGACCAUUCCCAUUAGAGACACCGUUUGAUAAGGGUUGUGAACAAAAUAGAGCCAAAAGUAAACAACGACAGCAAGCCGAAAAUAAGACCGUACCGCGCUGCACCUGACCUUGACAUUUCAUUCAUUAAAAGAGAGAAGAAAAAAAACUCUGAAGAAACGCUAGAGCGUGCCUUCUUGUGCGCUGUGUUUAAGAUCGAUAUGUUGCAUUUAGAAAAUAGAUUUGAAGCAAUGCGCUAAAAUGCGAAGUAAAGAAUGGUGUACAGCCACAGGCGGAAUGAAAUAAGAACGGUAGAAACUUUAGCUGAAUAGUGAAAGCAAUUGAACGCAUGCCAAAUCCAAAUGAAAACAUUACCCAACAUCACGAGAGAGAGAGAGAGCGAGAUAGCAUUCGUUGUGUGCAAAGGGUAGAGGGGAAUGAGUAUGUUUCGCUAUGUUCAACUUAAUGAACUAAUUUGCCCUAAGUAGGCUUCUAUCGUAUCUAUACGCAAGCGAAACGUGAAUUGCAAGGGGUGAGAAGGUUAAUCAAGCAAUCAGCAUCGUGCGAAGGGCCACCGGUUUUUUUCAUGUUGAUUACAACACAGCUGGAAUCCAUGCUCAACUGCAUGCGCUAGCUGCUACAACACGAUAGAACCGGAACAACAUGUGGCCGCCGUUGGUCGGUUGUGGCAUACAGAAUGCUUCAGAUGUUCGGUUUGUGAUGCACGACUGUCGAGCUGGUAUUUCGAGAAGGAUGGUAUGCUCUUCUGUAGGGAUGAUCAUUGGUCGAAGUUUGGCGAGCGCUGUCAGCAGUGUACGGAGUUUAUCUCCGGACCUGCGAUGUUUGCCGGUGAUCACAAAUUCCAUCCGGAAUGUUUUCGUUGCGAACUGUGUAAAGUGUUUAUUGGCGACCGGGAACCUUACGCACUGCUGGAACGAUCGAAUCUAUACUGUGGCGCGUGUUACAACACUAAAAAGACAGCAUUGGAAGUGAAUCGAAAUGAUACGAUAGUUUUACCAUCGAAAGACCGGCACAAACUGCCGCAUUCCAUCCGGCUGGUGGAGAUACCCUGGAGCGGCAAUCGAUCUGAUCGUAUCCGUUUGGCAACGGACGAAAAACCGUACAGUACGACCGGGAAGGGUGUUGCCAACGGAUGCAAAUGCGUUAGAAUAACGGAGGUGUUCUGUACCGCGUACGGACAGAUAGGAAAGUACAUUUUCUCGUGUAUUAAUACCGCGUUGGAUUCGUGCUGUGGUUUCUUUCACUUUAGAGUAACGCUCAAGUCAGAUUUGAUGUCUCUCCGGGUUGGCGAUAAGGUGCUGGAAGUGAACGGUACACCCGUACGCGACGUACCGCUGGAUAGUUUGCAAAAUCUCAUCGAAGCCUCAGCGGGGAAAGCACUUCAGCUGACGGUGGAACACGAUCCGGAAAUUGUUGAGCAACCGGCGCCGACAGUUAACAGUGGCGAAGGAGUCCUCUCUGCUUCUUAUAGUGGUACAUCAAACUGUCCAGAUGAGUUAAACAAUAACGAGGAUGAUGAAUCUACACGGAGUCUAUCGCCCAGUAAGCUUGAGCGCAUAUUCAAAAAGAAGGAUGAAGGUUACAUGAGUGGAUCGUCGAGAAAGUUACAGAAACGUUUAAAGGAUGUCAAUUGCAAUACUGCUACCAAUAGUUUAAAGGAGAAGGAACGCAGCUCAAGCAUGUCCCGGUUGCUAGACGAACAUCGCACCAUACCUACGGGUAAUGAAUUUUACGACCUCUCGCGAACAAAAUCAUUUCGCGUGGAAACGAAAGAGGCACGCAUCUUCCGUGCUUCGGAUCUGGUGCAGGGCGAACUACUGGGGAAGGGAUUUUUUGGACAAGUGUUCAAAGUGACGCAUCGCGUUACCCAGGAAGUAAUGGUGCUAAAGGAGCUGUACCGUGUCGAUGAGGAAGCGCAGAAAAAUUUUCUCAAAGAGGUUGCCGUGCUGCGGUCUCUUUCGCAUCACAACGUGCUCCGGUUCAUUGGUGUGCUGUACAAGGACAAAAGGUUGCAUCUCGUGACGGAAUUCAUACCGGGCGGUUCGUUGAAGGAGUUGAUACACGAUUCCGGCCAACCGCUUAGCUGGGAACAGCGGAUAUCGUUUGCACGGGAUAUUUCGUGCGGCAUGAGUUACCUACACUCGAUGAACAUCAUUCAUCGGGAUCUAAAUUCACUCAACUGUUUGGUGCGCGAGAACGGUACGGUGAUUGUGGCCGAUUUCGGCCUGGCACGGAUCAUCAAUCAACCGUUGAUAAGUACCACGGCGUAUGAAAAAUGUACCGUACCAUCCAAUGGCAAUGGUACGAUCGGACGCAGGGGACGACCGCGCCGGCAACGAUAUACGGUGGUGGGAAACCCGUACUGGAUGGCACCGGAAAUGAUGCGCGGCAACAGGUACGAUGAAAAGGUGGACAUCUUCUCGUUCGGCAUCAUGCUGUGUGAGAUCAUUGGACGUGUGCAGGCCGAUCCGGAUUAUUUGCCUCGCCUGCCAGACUUUGGGCUGAACGAGAAAGUUUUUCGGGAAAAAUUUUGCGGCCAAUGUCCGGAGCCUUUCUACAAGAUUGCCUUCCUGUGCUGUGAUUUGAACCCAGAUAAGCGGCCUCCAUUUCAUGUACAGCAGGGUUGGCUUGAAACAAUGGCCACUGUAGCAGCCCUACAGCGUCCCAUUCCGUCAAGAAUCGUCGAUGAAAUCGAGAACUUUAAGGGUCUGCAAAGCACGGAAUCAAGUUUGUGUACAACUCCGGACGGUUUAACGACUCCUCCACCUUCAUCCGUUGGCUAUGGUCUUAAACCAUCGCUCAGCCGGAAGCGCAUUUGUGAGGGAAAGGAAGAAGACCAUGCGGAACGGCAACCUAAGAUGACCGAUGUACAAACGACGAGUCUAGACAUGGUGGACGGUGUGUGUAAUGUGCCUGUAGAUAGUAAUGUUCGUAUGUCAUGUGCCACCAUCAGUGCUGCUCCGCCUACGGAAGGAAUCAACGGUGCAUCUGCGCCUACACAACCAGCUGCAGGAGGGCCAGGUUUCAUUGUUGUGGAUUUUAACGAUAUACCAAAGUCACCACAUCUCGGGAAAGAUUUCUCCGCCAACGGGGAUCGCAUACGCGACAGUAUACGUGCGAAACGACGCCAGCGUAUGAUGUUGAGUCGAGAGAAUCAACGAAAAUCACUCGAUUCUAGUUUGUUAGCUGCUCGGCUUGGUCCUACAGAUCGGUUAACCGAUACAAGCGGUACGACCGAUGACGGUUGCGCCUCGGAACCGAUCAGUUUAAUCAUGACAAGUGAAAUGAUUGCAAAGGAAGCUACUGGUAAUGUGAUUGAACGACCAUCAACGGACCAGUUACUUGCUUCGGUAAAAGAUAGCUUGGAGCGUAAUGAAUCCUCGCGUCAGCAAGGAUCGCAAACACGUGACCAACAGAUUACUGUUGGAGAUGAAAGUACCGUCGUGGAUGAACAGUUAACACAACAGAAAACGAAACAUUACGGUGAGAAAGGUUUCAUAAUUCACCUUCAAAAUGGACACCUUACGCUGAACAAUGUGCGCGAUCUGGAGAACUGUUCGGACUUUGAUUCGAGUUGCGAUACCAGUUUGAACUACAUGGAAGUAAACGGCAAUCGAGUGGACAAUGAAGGAUGCGAAUCGAUCGUCAGUCACGCAGAAAGCUGUGUAACUAAUGUAACCCACACGCUUACGGAUCGUGAAAGAGCCAUCUUUCCUUUAGGUGAACGUAAAAAGUGUGAAAAAGAAAACAUUGCGCUUGAUGAAGGAUUGAAACCCCUGCCUGUGGAAACCAAAAAGAAUUUUUCUUCAUUGAAAGCUACCUCCCCAUUGGCAUCGAUUCCUCCGGAAAGUAACAGCACAACAGCGAGGUUGGUGGAUGGUAGUGUCAUGGCGGUGAAAAGAGAGGAAAAAUCAUUAUCCGCCAGUGCUCAUAAAGCCGUCCAAUAUACCAGGAAGUUGUUCCGCGUUGCUGAUCCUUCCACGGGUGCAAGUACACCAUCCAGCUCUAAACAUAACCAAGACAUUGCUGGAACGCAUCGUUCGAGUGCAACAGCGGGCAUGAAAAAAGCUGGACACGUCCGUACGGCUUCAUCGGAACGGUCGAUAUUUUCUACCAAACAAAAAAUAUCUCCCACGUCCGAUCCAGAGCCGCAAACUGGAUUUGGGGGAACGACCUCCACAGCAACGCUGAUCGCGAACGAUCAAGUGAUGGGCGAUCGUACCGGUAAAUCAAAUGUUGUAAAACCAUCUGUCCAUACUAUGGUGCAUUCGUACAAAUCUAAACCAAAUGAAACUGCAGAUGUUAGUCACAGGGGGCAAACGUUACGGUUAUCGUCAGGGAAACGCACUGGCGGGGUGGUUGGGAAGUCUGGAAGUCGAAGUAAAACGCCUGUAGUUGCUGACAGUGCGGUUUGUGUCGAUGGGAUGAUCCCAUCCAGUGGCAAACCUCCGAUCAGUUGUACCGGCGGUGGUGUAAGUUCUGCUGGCAACCUGCUCAAGAUGAGCAAGGGCCGUACGUAUCGUCCUGUAGAGCGGAUGACCGUGCACUACAAUGAAGUUCGUGCCAGCUCAGGUAGUAGGGAAAAGUAUACAUCGACACUUUCGCCAACGGUCGGCAGAAGUGGUAAUAAUUCACGUCCAGAGUCUCCUUCACAGGCAGCUCCCAAUGGAAGCCGGUCAGUUGCUGGCAGCACUAGCAAUGGUUGUCGCAGCAUUGGCAUUCUUUCCCCAGCUAGCAUUAGACGACUUAACGCUCGUCUGGUAGAGGCGCGCAAGGUAAAUACCGGUUCGUCGCAGGACCAAUCGGGGGCGGCAGCAUUUAAGGGCAAAGCAGUUGGCCCAAUGCUACCCCUGCAAGGUAUAACGAAAGGGCCUGGAAUGGCACGCAAAGUGCCAUUGUCUCCGUCUAGUCCGGUGCGUGGUGGCCCGGUACAUGGUAGUGUCGUGGCCGGAUGCAUUAGAGAGCGAAAGGUGCUAUCACCGACCGCCCUUGUCAAGGUGCCCAAGUAAGUAGAGCGGACAAAUUGCUUGCUCACAAUUAAAAUAGUACCUUUUAAACGUUUAUUGUCGUUUAAGACACAACACACAAAUUAACUGCUCAGCUAACGAUCUUAGGGAAACGGACGUUCGUUAUUGAAAGUUAUAUAGAAUCUUGACAGAAGAUUCUUAGCUACUCGCUAAGUAAAAAUGUGCUACGAUUCGUGCUAAAGUGGCUCAACAAACUCUAGUAACGGAUGAUACUUUCACGUGGGGACGUGCUACCGUUUAAAAUCAAUUUCUCAAGGCACCUUCUUAUUCCGUGCACCUCUUGUUCCAGGCACAAUUCUACUCAGAUAGCCACCUUUAUUAAUUCUCUCCCAACACAAAACAGUGUAUACAGAAAAAAGUGCGAAAAUCUGUACUGGUGUUACAAGACUCGGUUCAUGGCCUCACGAUUACUUUAGGAAGAUGACAUUAGACGCGUUACUGCGUGUGACUGUGUUGGUGGUGGAGCGAGCCUGCUCGCACCAUUUACACACGCAUGUGAAAGUUUAACGUGCAAAGACGAUUUCAUGUAUUUGUGUAUAGAUAAUGUGUAGAUUUAUUAGGUUUUUAUUCCAUGCAAAUGCCAUUUUUGGUUCGAAAAUUACGAUAUUCCAGAGCGACUAUAAAUUCCCAUUCCCUGUUUGAACUGAAUGACGAAAUGUCUUAUAAAGAACUUAAGCUUUUUUUUACAAUUUCAAACACUUUGUUUGUGUUUGUUCUUUUAACAACUUUAAGAUUUUUUUUCCUCUCGUGUGUAUCCCUAAAUGAUCUCGCUUUUUCUCCCGCUCUCUCUCUCUCUCUCUCGCUCUGACUGAUACUUAGCCUCGAGUAGUUUUUUGUCUCGAUUUUUUUUCUGAAACGAUUGUAAAACUUAUUACACUUAAAUCAUUGCAAAUUAUUUUUUGCUUUCUUCCUUUCAAAUUGUACUAAAUGUAUAACGACACGAUUAAUAGAGGAGAUCCCCCUUCUCCCCAAAAAUAGCAAGAUGAAGUUACUAACCGGACUGUGAUAUUGUGGUAUAUAUAUAUACAUAGCACGUCGUUCUAGUGUGCGCGCAUACAUACAUUUUCUUUCAUGCGUUUACACUUAGAUAAGAAUGGCCGGUGGCCACCAAGCCAUGUAAAAGAUUGCAAACUAAAAAAGACAAUGCGUAAGCAGGAUACGAUGGACAAGUGGCACGCGCCACUAGUGGUGUGCGUUUAGCGUUCCAAAUUUUAUUAAUGCUCUAAGUUUUAGCGAACUUUUAUUCACAAACACCAUUUUAAGUUAGCUUUAAGUAGUUGCUAGCAGUGCGUUAGGGGGGCAGUACGUUCUUGGUGUUGUUAGUCAAGAGACGUGGCGUGAGAGGACAGAAAUGAAACGAAAAAAAAAACACAAAAGAAGCGAUGAUACGAUCUGGGAAAUCGAUAUGAAACCUAGAAAUGCAAUGUAAAGUGCAACAAGAUUGUAAUGUGUAAAGUAGAUAGUAAUAAGUAAUGUUAGCAAGUAAAGCGAAAUGGUUAGAAGUGUAAAGUUGGUGCAAUGUACAAGGGACGCUUCCCUUUGUUCACACAAGGAAUAUGGAGUCGGUUUAUACUAAGCGGUGCAAAAGUUCUAUAGGAAAUUAACAGUGAAAUGUGCAUUAGAACUAUUCCAAAAUGAAAUAUUUUUGAUUUGCAAUAUGCGGAAUGUAUGAAAUGUGUGUUUAAAAAAAUCGGUUCGAUCGGAUGAUCGAUACAAGUGCAAUAUACCAUCGGUGGUAAUGGCAUAAAAGUGUGAACCGUGUAAGUAUUUGGAGCAAUAUGAAAGUUUUUUGUAAACCUUAAUCAACUUUAAAUCCGUUUUUGCCUUCAACUUUUUUUUGCCUCGAACUGGGAAGGUUUUGAUCCUACUGCAUGUGCCGGGUAAUGCAAGCCACCCUGUGCACAGGAUGUAUGUAAAAUGUAUUAAUUUAUUGUUCAAUUUUUUCGACUUUCCGGCCGAACAAAAGCGCGCACAAAGGAAAUUUUAUGCAGCGAAAAAGAAGAAUUGUGUUUUUUGUUUCGUGUGUGUGUGUGUAUGUCUCAUUGAACACUCUCCAAAAGAAUACACACAAAAUGGUGAAACAUUUUUGCCGAUAUUUACUAGUUACAUGCCGAUCAAUUCCGGUUUUUUCGCAAUGAGGCACAGUUUGCGGCAACAUGGUGGUGGGUGUGUUUGGAUGUUGAGUCGCAAUGUUUGAAUUUUCUACUGGCCACAGGAUAACCCUCUGUUUCGCAUGGCAUGGUUUUUCUUUUUCUGGUGCAAAUGGCGAUUAUUUUUAUCGCGUCCAAGUGCGUUGGCGGAAAAGUGCAUUGUUGUGUUAAUAUAUUUUUUUCCUUCUUUUAUUUUGUUCUGAAUGUUGUGCAUUGUAUCUGCACGGUUAGACGCGCUUGGAUUGAUACGCAACCUUUGGGUCGCGUGUAUCCUUCGUGUGUGUGUUUGGAAAAUGCUUAUUUUCCGUUACGAUGUUUCCGGCGACAAAUACAAAAAAAAGCUCCCGAAAAUGUUAUUAACGGUGCAUUAUUUAUGUGUUAUCGAAAACAAGACUUUUGCAUCCAGCCGCGUAGAACAAUGGCGCAUCGUAACAAAGAUGGCGUAAAAUGGAGUUGAAACAAAAAUAGAUGGGAAAAUUGGCAGGAAAUGUAAAAUGUGGAAUGUUUAAUUUUAAUUUGUUUGUAAAGUAAGGAAAACAGCAAAAGAUUUCUUCCAUGUACCAAGCAUGGAGAUUCGCGUGUAUUAACACGCAGGUCAGGGAUAUUGGAAACCGAAUCAUAAAGGAUACUUAAAGUCUGUAAAUGAAUCAUUUCAUUUAUGUACACGUUAACCAGUGGCAGGGUGGAAAAAACAUCGUUAAACACUAUUCCAAGCAAGUAAAAGUCAUGCCACAGAGACGGUAGGAUACGUUUUAUUUGACACUAAUUUAUUAACACACUGAUAAAUGCUUCUUCUUCUUGCCAUCUUUACUCGUUGCAAAACAAUAAUCGAGCAAAGGCAAUGCACGAGUUUUAUAACUAUGUGUUACACACUGCUGGCUGAUUGGAUAUGUGUUAAUACUUUUUCUAAUCGUAAUAAAGUUAAAUAUGGUACAGAAAA